CUCCGAACUUGCAACGUUUCUUUUGGAUUGGGGGCGUUCUGCCCUUGAGCAAAGGCAGGUGUAGAGUAAAAACCAGUGCACACUUCCUGCUAACCCAUAGCAGGUGAAAGAGCGUCGCCGGAGCAGCUGUCUGAGAUUACAAAAGGAGGAUUCCUGGUUUUAUCUCUGAUGUCAUCAUCAUGAGAUUGUCUCCAGUUUUCCAACAUCUGCUGGUGUUCAUAUCAGUCCUGUCACUCGCCAGAGUACAAACAACAGCAGAAAUAUUCUACCCAUUCGGCUCAGCAGCUGGAGACACAAACAAUACUGCUGCUGAUGAUGGAAGCUCCUCUGUUAUUCAACUGUUGAGUCCAUUUCCAUUCUUUGGCCGCACAUACCAGCAGAUUUAUGUUAAUAAUAAUGGACACCUCACAUUUAACCAGCCUUCAUCAGUAUUUGUCCCCUACUCAUUCCCCGCUAGCAGAAGCCAAGAUGUAAUUGCUGGUCUCUGGACUGAUCUUGACAACCGUCAGAGAGGUGUAGUUUCAUAUCAUCAGUACACCAGUGGAAAUGUCCUCACACGCGCCACUCAGGAUAUAAACACACAUUUCCCAAAUCUGUACUUCACCGCUUCUUGGGUCUUUGUUGCAACUUGGGAUAAAGUCGCUUACUACAGCUCAACCAACACAGAAACAUCCUUUCAAGUGAUUUUAAUUGCAGACAGUAAUUUUUCAUUUAUUCUGAUGAAUUAUGGUGAAAUUGCUGUAACAGGACAUCCAGUGCAGGCUGGUUAUGACACGAUAAACUCCACACACUACAUAGUGAUCAAUGGAUCAAACAGUGGCAGCUCCAUCUCAAACCUCAGGAACUCCAGUAAUGUUGGUGUUUCAGGACGAUGGGCCUUCAGGGUGGAUGGUGGACUACAAAUUUCUGAAGUAAACCCCACAUCGUCAACCACCACAGUCUCAACAGCCAUUUUUCCAGUGACUGCAAAACCAGCACCAGCAAUAUUCUACCCGUUCGGCUCAACAGUAGGAGACAAAAGCAAUCCUGUUGAUGAUGAUGGGAGCUCUUCAGUUAUUCAGCUGUUGAGUCCAUUUCUGUUCUUUGGCCGCACAUACCAGCAGAUUUAUGUUAAUAAUAAUGGACACCUCACAUUCAACCAACCUUCAUCACAAUUUGUUCCCUACUCAUUCCCUGCUAGAGGAAGCCAAGAUGUAAUUGCUGGUCUUUGGACAAACCUUGACAACAGUGCGAGAGGUGUAGUUUCUUAUCAUCAGUACACCAGCGGAAAUGUCCUCACACGCGCCACUCAGGAUAUAAACACACAUUUCCCAAAUCUGAACUUCACUGCUUCUUGGGUCUUAGUUGCAACGUGGAAUAAAGUUGCUUACUUCAACUUAAUCAACACAGAAACAUCGUUUCAAGUGGUUUUAAUUUCAGGUGGUAAUGUUUCAUUUAUUCUGAUGAAUUAUGGUGACAUUGCUGUGACAGGACAUCCAGUGCAGGCUGGUUAUGACACGAUAAACUCCACACACUACUUUGUGAUUCCUGGAUCAAUCAAUGGCAGCUUUAUCUCAAACCUCAGGAACUCCAGUAAUGUUAAAGUUCCCGGUCGAUGGGUCUUCAGGGUGGACAGUGGACCAGGAUACAGCAAAACCCUGCCCUAUGAUCCCUGCUAUAACUACACUGUGCUGGAUGAUUUACGGAGAGCCACCGACAAUCAAUUACAAUCAUCAUAUUACGCUCGAUACACCUCUAAAUUACUGUGUGACACUGAUGUCAACUGGGUUGGCUGGUACCGUCUCUUCAUUCGGGGUCAGAGUGUUCAGAUGCCCGACACAUGUGUCGAUCAGUUAAGCUGUGGAACUCAUGCCCCGCUGUGGCUGAACGGUCAACACCCAAAAAUUGAGGAUGGGGUGGUGACCCGAAGUGUCUGCGGUCACUGGUUGAAUAACUGCUGUUAUUUCCAGUCGAAUCCUAUUAAAGUGAAAGCCUGUCCAGGAGGGUAUUAUGUCUAUGAGUUUGUGAGACCAGUAGGCUGCUAUUUGGCAUACUGUGCAGACACUAGGAACAUUAGCAACUAUAAUCAUACUGUCACUCCAGCACCAGCAAUAUUUUAUCCAUUCGGCACAGCAGCUGGAGACACAAACAAUGCUGCUGUUGAUGAUGGAAACUCUUCAGUUAUUCAGAUGUUGAGUCCAUUUCUGUUCUUUGGCCGCACAUACCAGCAGAUUUAUGUGAAUAAUAAUGGAUACCUCACAUUUAACCAAGCUUCAAAUGAAUAUGUUCCCUACUCAUUCCCCGCUAGCAGAAGUCAAGAUGUAAUUGCUGGUCUCUGGACUGAUCUUGACAACCGUCAGAGAGGUGUAGUUUCUUAUCGUCAGUACACCAGUGGAAAUGUCCUCACACGUGCCACUCAGGAUAUAAACACACAGUUCCCAAAUCUGAACUUCACUGCCUCUUGGGUGUUUGUUGCAACGUGGAAUAAAGUCGCUUACUAUGCUUUGACCAGUACAGAAACAUCGUUUCAAGUGGUUUUAAUUUCAGGCCGUAAUGUUUCAUUUAUUCUGAUGAAUUAUGGUGACAUUGCUGUGACGGAACAUCCAGUGCAGGCUGGUUAUGACACGAUAAGCUCCACACAAUAUUUUGUGAUUCCUGGAUCAAUCAAUGGCAGCUUUAUCUCAAACCUCAGGAACUCCAGUAAUGUUGAUGUUCCCGGUCGAUGGGUCUUCAGGGUGGACGGUGGAUCAAAGUCAAACAAUGAGUACAUCACUGGACUUCAAGUAAAACUUUCCUCAUUUUCUGACCUAUCAGAUACUGGAAACAUUGAGAUCGUUUUACAGCAAAUAAAACAGGAGCUGGUCAAGUACGGUCUGCCAAACAGCAUCGAGCUGAAAUUAAGAAAAGUGCAAAAGAUGAAGCCGUAAUAUCUGCUUCAAGAAAAGAAAUAAAGCAGUUCAGUUCACUUAGCACAAGACAGCAAAUAUCUAACUGAUCAUGUGAAGACUGAGAUUAAUGUGGUUUUGAAGAACCCAUGAAAACAACCCAAACAAAAUGAUACUUCAGUACAAAAAAACUGCUAAACUUUGACAAAUAGUCAUUUUUUUAUUAUUACAAUAAUGAUAUCAUAAUCUCUAUACAUAAAUCUAAAUAAAAAAAUAAUAAUUUAAAAGAUCUAUACUUAUGUUGACCUGACAAAUAAGUAAUUAAGUAAUAAUCUACUGUAGCUGAACUUUCAUAUUUUUCUAAUUUUAUAAGUGUUUGAUUUCAAUUACAUGGAAACUAUUUCCCAUUAUGUUGUGGUACACUGGCCAUGUUAUUACCAUGAAUUCAAAUUAGA